UAGAACAUAUUAAGCCACAUCAUUUCAUUAAAUAUAUUUUUACAAAUCCAUAUACGCGUUUUCACGAUUACAACUCACCUAUCAAUUCCCUAACCUACAAAUAUUGUUUUGUUUGCCUGUAUUGUAAUAUUGAACGUCAAUCGUACAUUCAGCAGUAGUCUUAAUUUUUGCGAUGAUUCAGAUAAGUACAUACUGAAGACUACUGACUUACUGACUAUUCAAAUUAUUUACAUGCAAAUUAUAUGUUUAAGCUAAUCUGACGAUUUGAAGUAUAUGCACAUUCGUGAAGAGUAUAUCCUACUGGGGUGGAGAAAAGCUUGCUGGUUAUAGUGUUAGACACAAAUCCAGUUCAGAAAUUCGUGCGUCAAGAUACAAGGAUAUUGACGCAAUGCCUGGACUCUGUUAUUGUAUUUGCCAAUGCCCACCUCAUGCAAAAGUCAAACAACCAGCUGGCUGUCAUGGCGUGCCAUUCUCAUUCAUCGACCUUCUUGUACCCUGACGAAAAGCCAAUGGAAGUCCGGCAGAUAGAUGGACAAUACGAAGGUUUUAUGAUGGUUGAAAGAACAGUCAGACAAAAUCUGCAGAAAUUAAUUCAUGAAAUUGUUACAAAUAAACCUUUGAAUACUGAGAGCCUGAUCGGCGGAGCUUUAGCCAUGGCACUGUGCUAUAUCGUCAGACUGGAGCGGGAAAAAGCUGCUGGUGAAAAAAUACAUUCAAGAAUUUUGGUUGUAACUGGAAGCAAUGAUUCUGCAUCUCAAUAUAUGAACUAUAUGAACGUCUUCUUCACUGCCCAGAAAUUGGGUGUUGUAGUCGAUGUUUGCAGUUUGGAUCAAGAACUGGGAUUACUUCAACAAGGCUGUGACAUAACAGGUGGAAAUUAUUUAAAAAUACCACAACUGGCUGGUCUCCUGCAGUAUUUGCUGUGGGUGUUCCUUCCUGAUCCUAAGGUUCGCAGUAAGCUAGUCUUACCUCCCCCAGUCAAGGUGGAUUACAGGGCGGCUUGUUUCUGCCAUCGAGAACUUGUAGAUAUUGGAUACGUUUGUUCUGUGUGUUUGUCGAUAUUCUGCAAGUUCAGCCCCAUCUGCACGACAUGUCACACUGUAUUCAAGAUGCCUGGUCCUAUGCCCACGAAGAUAAAGAAGAAAAAGAAAAAUCCAGACAUAGUACACUGACUGUUUGUACUAUCAACUAUAUUGUAUAAUUACCUGUGUCCGAUAUUCUUAUCUCUUUCCAAUAAAAAUUUGUAAAAUA